AUGCGUCACCCAUGUAUCGGUUUUCCAUCAUGUUUAAAAACAUUUGAAAAUAGUUAUGUUCUGCGUGGUCAUCAACUAUCCUGUGAACAUGCACAAAAGGAAAUACAUAAUAGAAAUAAUUGUCAAGAACAUGCUCGAUCAAUUCAAUAUGAUUAUGAUAUAAAUGGAAUCAAAGGCAAUAAAAUUUAUCCAACAUUCACUGGCUUAGAUCACACACCACGACUAUAUUUUCGUGAUCGAUUUCAAUUUGGACGAGCUAAUAUACAACAAUAUCGACCUCUUCGUAAACCAACUGAUCCAUCAGUAGUAACACCUCAAACAAAAUCAACAGCGAUGGAUUUCAGUGGCUAUUUUACAUAA